UGCUAGGGAGGCAGAAUAUGGUGGUUGCUGCCGUCGUCUUCCCUGUGCCGGGGCCAUGGUGAAGCUCGCUGCCAAAUGCAUCCUGGCAGGAGAUCCAGCUGUGGGAAAGAGUGCUUUAGCCCAGAUGUUCCGAACUGAUGGGGCUCAUUUUCAGAAGAACUACACACUGACAAUGGGCAUUGAACUGUUGGUGAAAGCUGUAUCAAUUCCAGAGACAAGUGAUAGCGUGGAAUUUUUCAUUUUUGACUCUGCAGGAAAAGAUCUAUUUUCUGAAGUGCUGGAGAAACUGUGGGAGCAACUCAACGUACUGUGCCUUGUGUAUGAUAUCACUAAUGAGCAAUCUUUCAACAACUGUGCCAAGUGGCUGGAGAAGCUGAAGACUCGAGCAGCUGGGAUGCAUGUCCCAGGUGUUUUAGUGGGGAAUAAAACAGACCUAGUUGGUCGUCGAGUUGUGGAGCAGAAACAAGCACAGGAGUGGGCUGAACAACAUGGCUUGGAAUACUGUGAGAUGUCAGUGAAAGAGAUGAAAAAUUUUGAGACCCCUUUCCACAUCCUGGCAAAGUCAUUCCACCAACUGUACAAAGAGAAAGUGGAAACCUUUCACUCACUAGCUUGAGGGCUGUGAUUGGCAUGACUUAUUUAUCCUCUCAGCUUGUUCUAAUGGCGAGAAUCCUGCAGGGUGGAAUACAGAGUGAAGAAAAGAGAUGAGCUAUUCGCUUCUUCAUGGUCAUCUGGUAAUUCAAAAUAAACUAGAUAUAAGCAAGUGGAAAGGCACUAUUCUGCAGUUGCUAUCUCAGCAUUCCUUUCAUGUCCUCUAACUUGGUUCUGUGCUCACUGAAAGUCUGCUAGGUUGGAGGAGGCGGGGAGUAAAAGGGGAGGGUAGAAUGGAAAUAACCAGCUCUUUGCUUUGAUGCUGUCAUGUGUCUUCCCUGAACAGACUUCCUGCUGCUACAAGCGAGGAUUUAGAGGUUUGCAGAAGGAGAGAGGAAGCUGACAGGAUGUUUUUCAACUUAAGCAACCCAGCAUAUGUUUUAGGGCAAGACUGAUUUAGCCCUGAUGCUUCAAAAGCAUUUUCAGUAGGAGGCCUACACCCUAAAAUCAACACAUGGAGACUGAGAUAUGUGGGAACUGAGCUGGUUUUAGGUGUGUUUCUAGGAGUACCCAGUGUUUGAGGCCUGUUUUAACAGCGUUACCCUUAUCAAUUGUAGGACUGAUAUGCUGAUGACUAAUAUGUGCUUGUGACUUCCAGAAUGUGGUUCUUUUCUUCAACGUGGCUCACUUUCAGUGCUUGGUAGGAACUGUCUUGCAUCUGUACCGCUGACAGUUGGUAACGCAGUGCCCUCUGCUGGUCCCAGGUCACAACAUUUCUCAAGAAGCUACCUCUCUUGAGGCGAGCAGGACUUCCUCCAGGCAUAUCCAAACUGGCUGAUCUGCAAAAUGGGGUCAGAUAGCAAAAAUAUCUCUUUUAUUCUAAAUACGAGUGUAAAAUUUGAAACAAAUUCCCUUCUUCAUGUGUUUUUCAUCUUACGUGGUUUUGUGUCAUUUUCCGUUUUGUCAGCUGAACUCAGCAAUACCAUGCUCUUACUAGGCUCAGACUAGAAUGAGAGUCCUCUUUGUUGUUAAACUUUCCCUGCUUGUCUUUGAAUUUGGGAUUAAAGACCUCGAUUUUGAUGUUGCUAGUGGAAGCAGGGCUAAGGAAAUGAAAGACAGCCUGGCUAAAUUACUGUGACUCAGCCAUGUCUGGCUAGAAGUUUUUUAUCAGGAAGGGUAAAAGCCCAUAGAGAACUGCUUUUCUGUGGGGAGUAUUGAUGUUGCAUAUCUAAGAAUCUUUUUGCUAAUGCAGUAUGUGAAAGCAUCUGUGGUCAGGUACUGCCUUGUAACAGCCUAACACUAAGAAUUUCAAAACUGUAACUUUCUUUUCUCCCACAUUAUGUCAGCCUCCCUUGGAUGUGGGAGGCUGAAUUUUGUACUCCUAGGUACUACAGUGAUUUUUCAGGCAGGCUUUUCAGGAAUCUGUGUUUCAAGACUUGUAUACAUGCAUUUUAUAACCAUAUUUAUGCCCAGUGCUAGGAAAAGUACAUUGGAUUGAACGUAAGAAAUACAACCACAGAUGUUGUAGCAGAGUUUAUGAACCACUUAGAGAAUCUGGAGAAGCAGCUGGACUUAUUUCACUGAUAACUGUGUGUUUA